AUGGUAGACUCAGCAAAACAAGUAGCUGCACCAGAAGUGUCACAGAUUAAGGAAUUUAUAUUUCCUACUUUAGAAGUACACGUUUCUGUGAUUGUUGGAAUAGUUUUAGGAUUAAUUAUUAUAGGGACAAUUUUUGGAAAUAUUUUAGUACUACUUGCUGUAUUUUAUAACAUCCAUUUAAGAAGUACGACAAACUUUUUCAUAGUCAAUCUUGCCGUUGCAGACUUGCUUUUAGGUAUAUUAGUUUUACCAUUUUCGGCUACAUUAGAAAUACUCGGAUAUUGGCCAUUUGAGCGACAGUUCUGUGAAAUAUGGGCUGCUGUGGAUGUUUUAUUGUGCACGGCUUCGAUAACGACCCUAUGCGUAAUAAGCGUUGACCGAUAUAUUGGCGUCACCCGACCCCUACGACACUCAUCAAUCAUGACAGAAUCACGAGCUUUUAUAGUCAUAGCGGUCGUAUGGAUAUUAUCCGCGGCCGUUUCCCUUGGGCCUUUACUCGGAUGGAGGAAAGAACCUGAUCCUGACUCCCGGAGAUGCUUAGUCAAUGACGACAAGGGGUACGUCAUAUUUUCGGCUGCGUUUUCGUUCUACAUUCCAAUGAUAACAAUUGUGCUGCUAUAUUACCGUAUAUACCGCGAAGCUGUGAAGCACACUCGCUGCCUUAUGGCUGGUGUCAAAAUCUCUAAAGACCAAGAGACCAUCACUUUACGGGUCCACAUAGGAAGACAUAACAGCCACGGUGUUGUUCAAAGUGUACCUUGUCGAACAAAUGGUCACUCAGACCAUGUCAUGUAUUUUUCAUCUCGUCCUAAUUUUAAACAGAAUAUUUCCAAUAAAAUUGCCAAGUUUAAAAGAGAGAAAAAAGCAGCGAAAACAUUAGGAAUUGUGGUUGGUGUAUUUGUUCUGUGCUGGUUUCCAUUCUUUUUCUGUUUACCUUUAGGUGCCUUAUGUCAAUUCUGCUAUAUUCCGGAGAUUUUGUUUAAAGUGGCUUUCUGGCUUGGGUAUUGUAAUUCUAUGAUAAAUCCGAUUAUAUACGCUUGUUCAAGCAAAGAAUUUAAAAAUGCAUAUUGUAGAAUAAUAAAGUGUCAGUGCCGACAGAGACGACGACACUUUGGACAUCGACGACAGUGUUCGAUGAAUACGUCUUUCUCGGAGCUCAAAGGAUCAUUUCAUGGUUCUCCUAGACAUCAAAAUGUUAACCACUAUAACAAAAAUGAUAUGGAAUUAAGCAAGGGCGACGAAAUGGUUAAUUUGUACCAAUAUUCAAAUGGAGGUACACCGAACUCAAAGGAGGUAUCUUCCACUACGCUCAAAAGUGAUUAUGACGAUUAUCAUUCCGGAAAUUACGAUCAGGAUCAAAUAGACGCUUUACGUAUUGAACAGAUGGAGCGUAACUAUAAUUCUUAUAACGUUAUUUCUGAUGUCUAA